AGCUAGCUCUACACAAGACGAAUGGUCUCUUAGAAAAAUCCCAAGCAGCAUUGAGUACAAAGUCGGUUUCAUCUCCAGAGCUGAAUAUAGAGCUCGAAAAAGCUCUCGAACACCUCAAAGACUCGAAAGAGAUCAACACUGCUCUGCAGCUGCAGCUAGACGCAGUCAACAAGAGUCACCAACUUCUCAAAAGUUCCUACGAUGAUCUCGCGAAUUCGAAUCAAACGUUGGAACGUCGUUUGGUGGAACUGGAUUCAACCUUGGACAAGUACAAAAGCGAAAUACUCAGCCUGCAAAAGUCCAAAGACAAGUUGCUGGAGAACGAAAUAAACUUGAACAAGCUGGUGGAGAUCGAAAAAUUGCAAAGCAAAAGCCUGAAGCUGCAAAACGAAAAAGACGCCAGAUGCAUUUUGGAUUUGAACAGGCAAAUAAAGGAAAUGGAAAGGAUAAUAGCGAGAAAACACCCAGAUUCAGUGUCGGCUCUUAUUGUAGCUGCCAAAGAGAACGCGACAGACACAAACUUGACGGCCAGAAAGAUUUUAGAGGACCGAAUAAAAGCCCUCGAACAAGAACAGCUGAACAGAGAGUCCCAGUCUUCCAAAGUUUUCAUGGAAAUACAGGAAAAGUUCAAUCAAAUGAAGGCAAAGUACGAGAACCACAUAGAAGAUUUGGAGACGCACGUAGAAGAUUUGAAGAACCAGCUGAAGAAUAAGUGUGACAGCUACGAGGUGUACACUCAGACUGUUCCCGAAAAAGUUCCUGCAGAAAAAGCAACCGUCUCGGUUCAUACACAAACGGACGCACCAGCUAAGCCCCAAAAACAAAUCCUUCCGAGGAAGAAUCCUUCUGAAGUAACGAAGGAGGACGCCCACCUCUUGGCCACCAUAAGGGGUUUGCAAGCAGACUUGACCAACAAAGAAAAGGUGCUCAGUAAGCUACAGAAGGAGGUGGACGAUUUGAAGAAGACGAACAGAAGGUUACAGAAAGAAAGAGAAGGGAGUUUGAAAAGUUUAAUAGAUAAGAAGGAGUUCAGGAGCUAUCCGGAAAGGCUGUCCUCACAGACCAGGUCUAACAGUGCAAGUUCUGAGAGGGAGUUUAGGAAGGAAGAACAGCUGAACCAAAUGAAGUGUGAGAGGGAUAAACUGAAAGAGCAACUGAGUAGUUUGGAAGCGGAUUAUCAGGCUUUGAAGACUAAGAGAAUACAAGACUUAACCGCUCUUCAAGAAGCCCACGAACGAGAAGUGGCAAAUUACGUGGCCAGCGUGACUCCUCUAAGAGAGCAACUGGAGUUGCAGCAAGUUUCGAUAGCCGCUCUUCAGUCACAGGUCAGCGCUGCCAAAGAAGAACUGGCUGUCGUGACCAUCGAAAGAGAUCACUUGAAUAACAGAUUACUGAACGUCCCUUACAGUGCAUUUGAGAUGUCAAACGAGAACACCGAAGUUUCCUCCUUGUUGAAAAAGAUCGCUUUCCUGGAGAAACGCUACGAAGAACGGGAGUAUAGGCUCCGGGCGAUUGUCCAGAGCCUGGCCCAGAAAAGUGUCACCAACAGGAGCUGUGAACAAUGUGCAGAAAGACAACAACAGCUGAUCGCAUACAAAGUGGAACUGGAUCAGCUUUUAGCUACAGUUCGAGCCCUGCAUUAACUAUUGAAGCUGCUGAGAGAUUGUUGAUUGUGCUUCCCGAAACUGUCAGAGAUGGAAGAGGAAACUCUUGAUAACGGAAAUCUCUAUAGAAGGAUGACUGCCAGAUAUCUAGUCCAGUAUUAUGCAAACAAAUGAUUUAAGAUGUUUUUUAUAAAGCCCCAUGAAAGAUAUUACCAGAGUUUUUCACUACAGGUGUUUUUCUACUGUAAAUUAAUGAAGCAAGAAGAGAAAGUAGUUUUAACAGCUGAAAUUUCACAUUGAACUGGAAAGUUGAGUUUGCACCUUCUUUCUUGAAAUUGGUUGCUCUGACUUGUUUACCGUCCAUAUCGGUUUUAUAUUUCAUGUUGUCCAAAUAUAUGUCCUUUUUGAA